AUGUCGCCGUGUCCACUCCUGAGGAGCUAUUCAUUAGUAUUUAUAUCAAUUGUACACAUCUUUGUGAUCAUCAAUAUUAUCAUCACUUUUAACGGUACGUAUGGCUCGCUCGCAGUCAUCGGUGGUGGAGGUGUGGUGAGCGGUGGUGAGACGUGUCGUCGCAAAGACGUGAACGGAAACGACGAGGUCUUCGAGUGUCCCCGUCUUUUCGAGUCCAAUAAGAAGCGCUUCUGCUGUGGAUUCACACCACAAGACAAACACUGU